GGACAAAACUCGAGUGAGUUACGAGUAAAGCGAGAAAAAUGGCGGCAAAGCGAGGGAGAAACCGGUCGCCGUCUCCGGACCCGGAAGGGAUGUUCGCCGGAAUGGUAGUUUUCAUGGUUGAAAUCGGAGUCCAGCGUCGUCGAUUGCAGAUCUGGAAGCAGAAGCUGGUUCAAAUGGGUGCAGUGAUCGAAGAAGAUCGGGUAACGAAGAAAGUCACUCAUGUUCUUGCCAUGAAUCUCGAAGCUCUUCUCCACAAAUUUGGGAAAGAACGUCUCUCGCAUUUUACAGCACGCCUUAUGCUUUACCAGUGGUUAGAAGAUAGCCUAACUUCAGGAGAGAAGGCUAAUGAAGAUUUGUAUGUUCUCAAAAUUGACUCAGAAGAAGUUGAUAAGCCGAAAAAGUCUUUGCCUGCAAUAAGUGGUAGCGAGGAUCAAUCUUCACCUCAAAAAAGAACCAGAUAUUCUCCUGAUGCUGGUGACUUCAAAGGCGUUGAAAGUCAUAGCAAUACACAAGGAUCACCGGAUUCACCAACAAGUUGCAGUGUUCCCUCUACUAGCGCCAGUCCUGGAGAAGGCAUCGCAGAGACUCCCACUAGUCCACAAUCAGAGUCCACAUCGGUGUACAAACCACCCGAUUUGAACAGAAAUAUCACUGAGAUAUUUGGAAAGUUAAUUAACAUAUAUAGAGCUUUGGGUGAAGAUAGACGGUCCUUUAGCUAUUACAAAGCUAUCCCCGUCAUUGAAAAGUUCCCCACUAGGAUUGAAAGCGUUGAUCAGCUCAAACACCUCCCUGGAAUCGGAAAGGCAAUGAGAGAUCAUAUUCAAGAGAUUGUGACAACAGGGAAGUUGUCCAAGCUUGAACAUUUUGAAACAGAUGAGAAGGUUCGUACAAUCAGUUUGUUCGGGGAAGUUUGGGGUGUCGGUCCUGCAACUGCACUCAAGCUAUAUGAGAAAGGACAUCGCACACUAGAAGACUUGAAGAAUGAGGAUUCACUAACGCAUGCACAGAAGUUGGGGUUGAAAUAUUUUGAUGAUAUCAAAACACGAAUUCCACGUCAGGAGGUGCAAGAGAUGGAACAACUUUUACAGAGAGUCGGCGAGGAAACUUUGCCUGGCGUGAAUAUUGUAUGUGGAGGAUCAUAUAGACGUGGGAAAGCUACUUGUGGAGAUCUGGAUAUCGUUGUCACCCAUCCUGAUGGACAAAGUCACAAGGGAUUUUUGACAAAGUUUGUAAAGCGUUUAAAAGAAAUGAACUUUUUAAGGGAGGAUCUCAUCUUCAGCACCCACAGUGAAGAGGGUACUGAUUCAGGCGUUGACACGUAUUUUGGUUUGUGCACUUAUCCUGGUCAGGAGCUACGGCGCCGUAUCGAUUUUAAGGUCUAUCCAAGGGAUAUCUAUUCGUUUGGACUCAUAGCCUGGACAGGGAACGACGUGUUGAACAGAAGGUAUGGAUAUGAUUUCAUUUGUAUACAUGUCUCACUAAACACAUUUGUUGGUAGAUAAAGAACACAGCAUAUGUAUAUAUAUAUGCGAUGAUAACUGCAGGCUGAGAUUGCUAGCAGAAUCGAAAGGAUAUCGACUUGACGACACUGGACUAUUCCCAGCUACUCACAGUUCUAGUGGUAACCGGGGUGCUAGAGGAACUGCAAGUCUGAAACUCUCAACGGAGAAACAAGUUUUUGAUUUCUUAGGAUUUCCUUGGCUCGAGCCACACGAGAGGAAUCUCUAAGGCAUCACAGGCACACAGCCUUUGGUACUAAAUUUUUUUUUUUUCUUUUUGAAUAGGUUCUGUAUGUAAGUAAUCGGUUCCUUUUUGUAAUUGCAUAUCCAUGGACAACUGAUUUAGAUGUUACAUAUAAUGCAAUGCAAUGUACUUGUAUUAGAAACCAUUGCAUAUCUUUAAGGUAAACUAAGAAAACCUAUGGUACUGAGGAAA